GUAAAUGUCCAAAAUAUAAAUAGUAAAGUAAAGUACAGAUACCCCCCAAAACGACUUAAGUACUACUUUAAAGUAUUUUUACUUAAGUACUUUACAGUACUUUGGUGAUCAGGAUCACUGUUUGUAUAUUAUUUUCUUCAUGACUAAAAUAAAGUAUCUGUCUAUACAUUGAAAUGCUGUUUUCCAUCUUUAGACAUCUAAUAUUGUAUCCAAAUGGGCUUCACAAUUACAAUGUUGUUUAGCAGGGGUACGUUAAUUUGGCUAAAUGUUUUACAAUAGUACGUACUGAAUGACCCAUUCUCUUGCAGUGGUGCACAACUUUCUAUUUCUCCCAUUUGGCAGCAGUGGCAUGUUAUGAUGUAAUUACAACGUUCCCGACAGCAGUAAAAAAAAAAAAAAGUAGCAGCCGUUGCUGUUACUUUUGCUGUGAUUCCUUUAUUCUAUUGUCAAACCUAAGAGUAGUGUCUUUGUCAUAAUGUCCACUAGAUGGCAGUGCUGUGAUGACAUUGCCCCCUCCUUCAUUCUUUACUGUCAUGGAAACAGUCUGAGUGAAAGCAACAUCGAUACUCAGUAUAUUUGCUUUACUUGUCCAUUUUCAUAUCAAUGCAGAUGAGUGAAGCCACUUGGGACUAUUGAGGUGCAUACUUGGACUGAUUACAGAAGUGUUGGUCAAAUUAAAAGAAAGGAAACAGACCAGGGAGUCUGAGGGAGGUUUGUAUGUGUGUAUGAACACAUUCCUGGGCUUUGGCAGAGAACAUGUGGAGAGGCAUUACCGUAAAACCGGACAGAGCGUUUACAUGCAUCUCAAACGCCAUGUCAAAGAGAAAGCUACAGGUGCCGCAGGGGGUGCCAUCCCCAGAAGAAGAAACGGAAAAGUAUUCCUAGAUUUAGAACUAAACCGCGAUUUUAACGGAGAUGAGUACGAUUGUGAAGACGAGGCCAAGCUCGUCAUAUUUCCAGACCACUUCGAGAUCCCCUUGCCAAAUAUUGAGGAGUUGCCUGCACUGGUGACAAUAGCCUGCGAUGCCGUGCUCAACGCUGCGUCAGCCUACAAAAAACAGGAGCCCGACUCCUGGGACGAGGAGAUCCAGGUUUCCAAACAUGCCAGGAGUCUUCGACAGCAGGACAACGGCGUGAGGAUCCCACCCAGUGGAUGGAAAUGUCAGAAGUGUGAGAUGAAAGAGAACCUGUGGUUGAACCUGUCGGACGGAGCGGUGCUUUGUGGGAAGUGGUUCUUUGAUGGUUCCGGAGGAAACGGCCAUGCCUUGGACCACUUCAAGGACACUAACUUCCCCCUGGCAGUCAAGCUGGACAACCUCACCCUAGACAUAGCAGAUAUUUAUUCGUUCGACGAAGAAGAAGCAGUCUUGGACCCGCAAAUAUCCGAACACUUGCAACACUUUGGAAUAGACAUUAUACCGAUUCAGCGGAAUGGAACAGAUAAUGGCCACCACAACACAGACAACACAAACGGCAUGCGGCCGCGAGUCAGCGAGUGGGAGGUGAUCCAGGAGUCGGGCAUGAAGCUGAAGGCAGUGUACGGCUCGGGUUUCACGGGCAUCAAGAACCUGGGCAACAGCUGCUACCUGGGCACCAUCAUGCAGGUCCUCUUCAGCAUCCCUGAGUUCCAGAGGGCGUAUGUUGGAAAUCUACAGAGGAUAUAUGACUACUCACCUCUUGACCCCAGCACGGACUUCAGCACACAAAUGGCUAAACUGGGCCACGGACUCCUCUCAGGCCUGUACUCCAAACCACCAAUGAAAUCCGAGCUCAUUGAACAGGUGAUGAAAGAAGAAUACAAGGUAUUAGACUGGCACCAGCCAAAGGGUAUCUCUCUCAAGAUGUUCAAAGCCCUGGUUAGCAAUGGCCACCCGGAGUUCUCCUCCAACAGACAGCAAGACGCACAGAAGUUUUUCCUGCAUCUCAUCAACCUGGUGGAGAGAAACUGUGUGGGCUUGGAGAACCCCAACAACGCCUUCCGCUACCUGGUGGAGGAGCGCGUGCAGUGUUGCCAGACGCAGAAGGUGCGCUACACCCAGAAGGUGGACUACCUCAUGCAGCUCCCGGCCCCCAUCGAGGCCGCCUCCAACAGAGAGGAGCUGAUAGCGUAUGAGGCCAAGCGAAACGAAGCAGAGGAGAACAUGAGGGCCCCUCCAGAGCCUGUGAGGGCCCGGAUCCCCUUCACAGCGUGCCUGCAGGCCUUCACGGAGCCAGAGAACGUCCCCGACUUCUGGAGCUCGGAGCUGCAGGCCAAAUCAGCUGGAGUCAAGACUUCCCGUUUCGCCUCCUUCCCAGAGUAUCUGGUGGUGCAAAUAAAGAAAUUCACAUUUGUGGUGGACUGGGUUCCAAAGAAAGUAGAUUUGUCCAUAGACAUGCCAGACUUCCUGGACCUGUCUCGGCUCCGGGGAACAGGACUGCAGGCGGGAGAACAAGAGCUCCCAGACCUCACACCCCCCAUCGUCCUCCCUGAAGACACCAGAGACAACUCGAUGAACUCCUCAGAUUCCCCAGAAAUAGACGAGUCGGCCGCAAUGCAGCUGGCGGAGAUGGGCUUCCCUCUGGAGGCCUGCCGGAAGGCCAUCUACUACACUGGGAACAUGGGCCCCGAGAUGGCCUUCAACUGGAUCAUAGCACACAUGGAGGAGCCUGACUUUGCUGAGCCCCUGGCACUGCCAACCUUCAUGGAGCCCGGCCCUUCCGUGGCCAGCUCGGGCCUGGCUGCCACCCCCCUGGACAACCAUCCUCCAGAGGAGAGCAUCGCCAUCCUCACCUCCAUGGGCUUCCCCCGCCGCCACACCGUCCAGGCCCUAAAAGCCACGAACAACAACCUGGAGCGGGCGCUGGACUGGAUCUUCACCCACACGGAGAGGGAGGAGGAGGAGGAGGAGACUAGCGAUGCCCUGUCUGACAUGGCCGAUACCACGGAGCCCAACGACAGCGCCUUCUCCAAUGCCAACACGCACAGCGACUCCACACUGUCCCCAGACCAGGACGCCUCAGGCCCCCAGAUCAAAGACGGACCCGGGCGUUACGAGCUUUUUGCUUUCAUCAGCCACAUCGGAGCGUCCACGAUGUCUGGUCAUUAUGUAUGCCACAUCAAAAAGGAAGGAAGAUGGGUGAUCUUCAAUGACCACAAAGUGUGUUUGUCAGAAAGGCCUCCAAAAGACUUGGGUUACAUCUACUUUUACCGUCGACUGUCUAGCAGCUAGACCAAGCGCCCCCCCACCCUCCAACCUUAGAGAACCACAUCCUCACAACCAGAAGACCGGAAGAUGACCACAGUGGAAAUUAUGGAAACACUCGCACCCCAGACCAGCCAAAAAAAGACAGGAACCGCUCGACUCAGCCAAGUCACUCAAGAGCAACCGGAAAGUGCGGUCAAAAGGGAAAGCAAUUAGCUUUUUGUAUGUCUCUGUGAUUCCCGUGUGCUUGUGUGUAUUGAAACGUGUCAUUUGUCUGCGGCAAGUGUCAAACUCAUUCCACGGAGGGCCAAGUGUCUGCGGAUUUUUGCUCCUCCCUUGUACUUGAUUAAUUAGUAAAGACAUCCCCUCACCUGGUUGUCCGGGUCUUAAUUGAAAGACAAAACAAAAAUCUACAGACACUAGGCCCUCCGUGGAAUGAGUUUGACACCCCUGGUCUACGGCGUAGGUACAGAGGGAUGUGUGCAAUUUCAGUUAUCGGAGUGCUCCACAGUUCUAGUAUCAGCAUAUAAGAUCUUACUAUACAUUUUCUAUGCCUUAAGCUACUGUGCCAGUAUUUUUAUUGAAGUGGUAUGUUUUAUAAACGUCGGGCAUGGUCCAAAAGUGGUCACGAAUCACUGCUAGCCCUGAAAGUAGAACUCGAUAAAAAGAAAACGCAAUGCUGCUGGGAGCUUUGCAUGUGCCAUGCAGAACGGAAUAUUGGAGAAUGUUUUGCAUCUAUAGGGAAUUUAAAGGAUAUCAGGAACCCUUAACAUGUGAUGCAGGAUAGAAAAUUAUGGCAUUGAAUGCAGAGAAAUAGCCAGCAUAGGCAAGUGUCAGAAUAGGGAUUGGAUACUGAAUAAGUAAUACCCUUAUUGGAGGGUCCGAUGUCCUGUAAUGAGGUUAGUCAUAUGUCUGGUUUUAAUUUGCAGGUUUUUCUGGGCAAACUAUUUUCUGUACAGUGACAAUUGGACGAGUCAAGUUUCAGUUGCCAGGAGAUUGUCAUUUUUUUAUUGAAUAUCUGAAAGCACUUUGACAGAUUUGUUUUUAUAUCCCUGCCUUUUCACAUAGAAAUAGAACCAUGAGCAUAAAUUGAAUCAGAUACCCUAAACUGAUAUUUUAUUUUGUUCAAUAUGGUAAAAGCCUGUGACAAUGUGGUUGUAACCCAAAAAAUGACUAAUGUUAUAUCACCUUUCUAUUUUCAAAGUGUUUCUCAGACCAUGUUGAUUACACAUAGUGUAUGCAUGCAUACAGUAUUGGUUGGCAUUUGUUUGCGCGCCUAAUAUGAUUACAUUUUGUGGAAGGACAGACAAUGCAUUAGGUAAAUGUUUGCCAAUUAUUGUAGUCCUCAAACACUGAGUAAUACCGCAUUUUAAUAUUCGAUAUGCCGCCAUCUUUUUAAUGUAGAAUGUAUGCAUUUGAACACAGCCAUCUGUGUUUUCCUCAUUAUUAUAGCAAUAUGCACUGAGACAGAAUCUCUUCUCUUGAGCAUACACCACGUACUGUAGGUUACGACCUACAACUUGUUUCAGAAUGUGUUCUCGUACUUUAGGACGUGGUGCUGUGCUGAAUGUAUUCCUUAUUGUGCUCACUGCAACCAACCCCCCCCCCCCCCCACAUAUCAGAGACAACACUGGCCCUACUCGUGCAUCCAACCGUUGUGUAUGUUAAUACUGUAUUCAGCAUUUUACUCAUACUCGCUGCUCAUUCAUUCUCUCACUGUUCAUUUUUGUGUCCAGCACAGUCACACCUUAGAUUGUUUGCACUUCUAUGUCUUCUUCUCAUGACCCUAUACAGCCACUCUAUCAAAGACAGUUCAUCAACCGGUUGUAGUAGAAAAUCCAGCUGCAGUGUUGCCUAGAGUUCAUUGUAUGGUUGUUACAUAUCGACAAGGUAGUGGAUUGCAAUGUCGCAUAUCAAAAACCCUUUACUUUUUUCUCUUGUCUUUUGAAUACUUACCCGGGCAGUAUUCCAUCAAAGCAGGUUUCCUGGAAGAGUCAAGAACAUGAUUGUGCUUGCAUUGCAAUAAUGCACCUUCGGUUUCAUGUACUCCGCAAUGCAAAUGUUUUCAGAGACUAAAACUGCAUAUAAACUCAAACAUACUUUCUUGCUGCGCAGGAUGAAUCAUGUUUUUAGACCCACAAUGGGAAACCAGAUAAUGGUUUUGAUUUACUAGAGCCCUUAGUUGUUUUGGGGAAGAUUACAAUUCCCCCUCUUAAAUCGAUCCCUGAAGAUCUCCCAUCCUUGUCAGACACUACUUGAUAAAUUGCUUCUGUUACCUAUGCAAUUCUUCAUGGUCUCUUUGCAAGUAUUGUUUUUGCCAUCUUCCUUCCACACUUUAUUAUUCAAUAAGAAUAGAAUGAAUCCCUCUGUUCCAUUCUAAGAUUGUCAUUACUGGUCCUUGACGGGUCAGUGUAGUAGUUACAUUUAUUAUACAACGGUCUGAUUGCUGAGGAGAGGUGGGUGUUCUAUGCAUUCUAGUUCUAUACCGUUUUGUCCUCUACCCGGGUUCCUCCCAUCUGGUCAACUCUGGCUGUUUUAGACUGGCAGGGUGCCCGCUCACCUUCUUGCUCUCCAUUUACUGUGGAAUUGAUCGCUAUGGAGGACGUCUGUGUUGUCUUCUCUCAGCUCUCUCUUCAUCUGUCACUUCCUCUCCACCACUAUUUCUUGAGGUUGUGAAAGGUAGUGGUUUACCUUUUGUCACAAAACGCCUUCCUACUGUGAGCAUGUGCACUAAAAGUUGACAUUUGGUCUGUACAAUACAUGUAUUUUCUUUUAUUUCAUUUAACUAAAUGUUCAAUGAUACUUCACCUGUUUUUACUUGAUUUUUCUUUGCCUUUUUUGCAAACAAGUUUGUUCCCAUUCUGUAGUUUAUUACAUACAGUUUCCCUGAAGGGAUUAUUUAAAGUUGACUUUUGUAAUGUAUGUUUGCAUAGUUCAAUAAACUAUACAUUUUCUUGA